AUGCUCAUUCCAGUAAUAAUAGAAAAUGCAGAACACUUAGGACCACUGGGAUACGUUGAUAAAACUCAGAAAAAGGAUACAGAACAUAACAUCACUAGAGGAAUUUUAGAUCCACACCAGGAAGACAUUAGAGUACAAUUAAUUAACUUUCGGGAAGAACCAAUUACUGUACAUGCUAAGGAGCAGAUAGGUGUAUGUGAGUCAUACUACGAAAUGCCAGCGGUAGGAGUAUGCAAUUACAUUGGAACAGAAGGGACCAGUUCAGACAAGCUACCAUCACAUAUUGAGGACCAAUUUAACAGAAGUAUUGUACAUUUACGGGAAAAAGAAAAGCAAUACCUGAAGGAACUUCUUCAGGCAUACUCAGACGUUUUUGCAAAAUCAGCGGAUGAUAUAGGGAGGACUAAUAAAGUGCAACACAGGAUAAAUACCGGAACUGGACAUCUGAUAAGACAAGCACCUAGGAGGCUACCAUUGGGGAAAAGGGAAAUAGAAAAAAAGGAAAUAGUCAAAAUGUUGGACCGAGGAGUCAUUGAAUCAUCAAACAGCCCUUGGAGUUUUAGGACCGUACUUAUAGCCAAGAAGGAAGGAAGUACAAGAGUUUGUGAGCUUUAA